AGCAGGAUGGCAAUGCGUACAGUCGCCGUACCAGCACAAUCAGCUCACAAGUCUACUUGCACCCUCGAUCCGUCCUACGCGACUCCGUCCGCAGUGAGCCUACGCCACGGUCCAUGGGAGAGGACGUUAGUUACAGAUCAUGGCACAGGUCAACAAGAGGUUUCACAGAUGACGGUGUUUGGAGAGGCAGAGCACAUUCCACAGCAGGCACCUCCCCUCAGGUGUCCUGGGAGAAGGGCGAGUCCAGAGGUGUGACUUCAGUCACUACCAGCAAGACAAUGUCCCUACUCCAUCCUACACACUUCGAAAGUGGGGACUAUGCCGACCGGUCUCCCAUGUCCACCAAGUCUUAUGGAGGAGCAUCGUUCACAGGGAUCGCGCCAAUAGCUGAGACAGAGUGCACAUUCGGACUCUACAGUUCUGAUGAGGGGGACGCAACCAGUAUAAGGGGAAGCCCAAGUACUGGUGGACUCAUGGAAAAUAAGCUUGAACGGAAAAAGUGAAUGAUUUAGAUUUUAUUGCUACUACAUACAACUGAUACAUUGUACUGAUGAUGCGUGUUCCUACAAUGUAAGGUUAUUAUAUUAAGUGAUGUAUCUAUGUGAUUAUGUAAGAAUCUGUUACCUGUGCAUGUGCAAUAUAAAGCGAGUAUCCCACUGGAUUCACUGCGCAAAAUCGCCAACUUUGCAAAUAUUUGCAAUUUUUUCUUGCAAUCAUACUGACAUUUAAUAUGUUUGUGUAU